GCAGUAAUGGGUUGAUUACACCUAACGAGUACAGUGGCGAGUCAGUAAAUGAGCUCUCGGCCGAGAGAGUCGCCGUUACCGAGUGGGUGUUCACACGUAUUUACUACAGUGGGGAGUCAGUUCAGUUUUGAUCACGCUCUGCAAUGGAUCGCAAAAAAAAAGAAUUUAAACGGGUUUUCAACCGGCUGUUACCAGACAUUAUUAAACAAUUGUGGGAUUUAUUAGAAGAUGAAGACCGAAGAAUUUGGACCAGAACAUGGAUUUUAAGGCGAACUGUCCUUGGAGCAACUAAUAGCCUUUUUAAUGGAUUGCAGUCAGAAGAUCCCAAAGAAUUCAAGGCACUUUUGAGAAUGACUGUAGAACGUUUUGAGACAUUGCUGGAGAACAUAACACCAUAUAUACAAAGACAAGAUACAAUUUUGAGAGAAGCUAUACCAGCAAAGGUUAAACUGCAAGUAACAUUAAGUUAUUUAGCAGCUGGGAUAAGCUAUCGAUAUUUGCAAGCAUUUUAUAGAGUGUCUCGAUCUGCGAUAUCAGUGUUUAUACCAGAAGUACUGGACGCCAUCGUAAACUAUUUAGAAUUAUAUGUGAGGAUACCAGAUCAUAAUGAAUGGCAAGAAAUUGAAGAUGGUUUCAGAACUAGGUGGAAUUUUCCUGGAUGUCAUGGUGCCAUCGAUGGCAAACAUGUUUUGAUUGAUGCGCCUCCAAAUUCUGGAAGUGAAUAUUUCAACUACAAAGGUUCGAACAGUAUUGUUUUACUGGCUGUAGUUGACCAUGAUUAUUGUUUUCGCUAUUUAAAUGUAGGAGCAAAUGGCAGAAACUCUGAUGCAGGAAUUUUCAGACAAAGCUCACUACGUCACAGUCUCGAAAAUAAUUUAUUACCAAAGGGAGGUUUUUUAGUGGGCGAUGAUGCUUUCGCAUUAAAAACGUAUUUACUUAAACCGUAUAGUGGUACCAAUCUUACAACGACGCAAAAAAUUUUUAACUACCGCUUAUCCAGAGCGCGCAGAAUAGUUGAAAACGGAUUUGGUAUUCUGGCAAGCAGAUUUCAAAUUUUCCAAAGGCGUAUACCAACUGAUGUUGACACAACUGAUAAAAUCAUACGAGCCUCAUGCGCUCUUCAUAAUUGGCUACGAAAGACAAGUUCAAGUACAUAUUUUCGGCGAGGUUGUGUUGAUGAAGAAGACACUGAUUCAGGCACUAUAACUGAGGGGUCUUGGAGACGAGAACUUAUUAACAACUUGCCAAACAUUACCGACCACAACACAAACUAUGCAGGGAGGGUAGCAAGAGAUUUACGUAACAAAUAUGCAGAAUACUUCUCCGGCCCAGGCGCCGUUCCAUGGCAAAAUAGAAUGAUUAACUAAAAGACCUACAUAAGUAAUAGUUAUGUUUUAAGUUGUAAAAACGUAAAUAAAAAUUGAUACUCACAUU